AUGUCCGCCGCAACGCAGCCACUGCACCCAGCCCAAGCCUCCCUCUCGGCCCAUGCAACGUGGGCGUGGGCGGUCCUCCGCGGAGGCCAGCACGAGCGAGCCCUCGAGAUCGCCCGACAGCUGGUGGCGCGCACAGAAGACCGGCCAGAUCUGGGACUGCAGCUCCAGCAACACCAUUACGAAGCGCGCGGUUUGGCGUUUUUCAUCGUCUCCGUCGUGACCGGAGACCAGCUCGCCGCCGCCACUGCCGUCUACCAAUACCAGCAGAUUCCUGUUGGAUUGGCUUGGGGCCUUCACCACAAGGAGACGAUCGUUGGAUGGGCCGAGGAUAACUGGCGCAGUAUCCUUUACGACAGGGUCCGUGCCGACCUCCGACGGGCCCCUGAGCCCUUCCACCCAAGCGUCUACGAGAGGAGGCGGGCCGCGCACCGAGCCAGCGCACAAAGGGCGGCAUCCCAGGCCCAUACCAUGGUCCGUGGCAUGAUGUUGCGAAAAGGCUUGGACAGGUGGCUCCAGCAGUACCAGCAGUACCAGCAAUAUCGGAACUAG